GCCCAGGGCGGCGGCGGCGGCUGGAGCUUGGAGGGGCCGGAUCCGUGCGCGUCAGGGGCUGGGGAGGCGGAUUCGAAGGUGGGCGGCGCGGCGGUGUCGCCGGUGACGGCGAGGAAGGCCGGAGCGCGGCUUCUCGGGCAGAAACGAGACAAGGAGGUGAGGAGAGAAGAAGCGACAAGCGACAAAGGAAGGAAGGUGCGACGACCUAGGCAGGAGCUCGCCGGAGCAGGGCGACGACCGACGGGCGCGGCUGACGAAGGGAUACGACACGGCGUUGCGAAAUCCUUUGCAGGUGCGAGCGGACGACAGCGCCAUGAACGGCUGGGUGCGCGACGACGCGGAGCCCUCCUGUCGCUAUGGCGCCCCAGUGGAGUGCCCUGAGGCCGCGGAUGCUGCUCCUACACAAGCUCAAUGGCGUUGACUCUUCGAUAGAGGAUGGUGUGGUGUCAGGCCAGGCAACAUAACACUCUACGAGUACACGUUCUGCAGGUGGAUUCGUACUCUUCCACUCUAAUUUCUUGGUUAGAGUCAAUGCCCUCAUGGUGUUUGACAAAUUGCUAUUUCUCCACCGCCCCUGCAUCAAGCUGGACACCAGGAAGAUGGUUGAUAUUGGGUACAACAUAUCGCCAAACCCUUGAGGCUGAGCAGCCGCCAUUGGCUCAUGGGUAUGGAAGCAGAGUCCGGGAUGGCGAUGGUGUCAAGGAGGACUCUUGGACGUCUACCGAUUGCAUCGCUGCUGCCGUACCCAUGGAGUGGCGCGGCUCUAACUACUCUGAGAUGGGAGAUAAAACAUGUCAAUUGUGUGGUAGAGAUGAGAUUAUUGGUGCAGAGGAAUCAGUAUUACAACAGAACUUGAAGCUGCCGAAGAUGGAUGAUGUUUGGUUUUGGUGGAAAGAUCAAGUGCAUAUGAACAACCUAUCAUCUUCCAUUUUUGCUUUUCAUUAUUCAACGGGACAAUUUCCUAAUUCUUUGUUAGUACUCGCUGGAAAGAUUAUUAGUAUGGAUAUAGGUUUGUCAAAAUUUAUUAGCACAUGAGAUUCUUUGUUCGGACCCCCUUUGGCUCUACAUAAUUCUUUGGAGUGGGAUUCUAGAUAGAUGCUUAUGAACCUCAUAAAAAAGUAGUACGCCUUUGAUCCUAACUGACUGUUUGUAUGUCGGAUGAUUUCAACUUGCUAUGUCCCAACAUACUUUUUUUAUAACAAAAACUGUAGGAGAAGUCCUAACAUUCUACA